CAGCUUCUGCAAGCAAAUGCAAUCCUGAAAACAUCCAAGAAAGAUCUCGUAUCCCAACCACCACACAAGCACAAGAUGAUCUCCUCUUUCUUCUCAACCAUGUCCUGCUUUGAUCUCUUUUCUUCAUUUUCUCACUUCAUCGUCCUCCCAUCGCUGCUCAUCGUCAUCGGCGCCGUCGUCGUCUUCUUCAGAUCGCGGCCGCCGUCCUCCUCGAAGAACCUCCCCAGAGUCUACCCCAUCUUCGGCUCCUACUUCGCAAUCUUUGCCAACAUGAAACGGCGGAUCGACUGGACCGCCGACCUCGUCGGGAACUCUCUGUCGGCGACUUACGUCCUCCACUUACCCCUUGGCGGUCGCCGGGUCUUCACUGGCAAUCCCGCGAACGUCCAGCACGUCCUCAAGACCCACUUCGGCAAGUACGAGAAGGGUGGGGUCUUCAAGACGGUCCUCCGGGACGUCCUCGGCGACGGGAUCUUCAAUACUGACGGCGAGUCCUGGAAGUUCCAGAGGCAGGUCGCCAGCCACGAGUUCAACACCCGGUCGCUGCGGAAGUUUAUCGAGAACGUCGUCGACGCGGAGCUGAACGAGCGCCUCCUGCCUCUCCUGGCUUUCGCCGCCAAGAGCAGGGAAGUGAUAGACAUGCAGGACAUCCUCCAGAGAUUCGCCUUUGACAACAUAUGCAAGAUCGCGUUCGGGUAUGAUGCCGAAUAUCUAUCGCCGUCACUUCCUCUGCCGAGAGCGAAGUUCGCAGAAGCUUUUGAAGACGCGGUGAGAAUAAGCAGCGAGAGGUUUCAAGAGUUGUUCUCUGCGAUUUGGAGGGUCAAGCGUUUCUUCAACUUAGGAUCCGAGAAGCACCUCCGGGUCGCGAUCUCCGAAGUCCGUGAGUUUGCGAAGAAAAUCGUGGGGGAAAAGAAGAGAGAGCUGAGUGAGAAGUCGUCGCCCGAGUCGGCCGGGGAAGACCUUCUGUCGCGGUUCUUGAGCUCAGGCCACGCCGAUGAGGACUUUGUCAUCGACAUCGUAAUCAGCUUCAUACUUGCCGGCCGGGACACCACGUCGGCAGCGCUCACGUGGUACUUCUGGCUACUCCACAAGAACCCGGAGGUGGAGGCCAAAGUCCAGGGUGAGAUCAUGGAGAAGUCCGACGCACACACCACGGGGUACGAUGAUGUGAAGGAGAUGGUGUACACACACGCAUCACUGUGCGAGAGCAUGCGGUUUUACCCGCCAGUUCCGCUCGACACAAAGGAGGCAGUGAGCGACGACGUCUUGGAAGACGGAACGGUGGUGAAGAAGGGAACGAGGGUGACGUACCAUCCUUACGCGAUGGGGAGGCUGGAGCAGAUAUGGGGAAAGGACUGGUCGGAGUUCAGGCCGGAGCGGUGGCUGAGGGGGGCGGAGGAUGGCAGUGAGAAGUGGGCGUUCGUCAAUAAGGACGCGUACGCGUACCCAGUGUUCCAGGCGGGGCCGAGGGUUUGUCUAGGGAAGGAAAUGGCGUUCCUGCAAAUGAAGAGAGUGCUGGCCGGGGUGCUGCAGCGGUUCAGGGUGGUGCCCGCGGCGGAGGGAGGGGAGGAGCCGUUGUUCAUUUCGUACCUGAGCUCGAAGAUGGAGGGUGGGUUCCCGGUGAGGAUUGAGGUGAGAGAGUGAAAGGAACAGUCAAACUUUGGAAACUGUUUCCUCUUUAUAUUAAAGUUCUUGUAUUAUCUUUCUAUUAUUUUCUUAUGUUUGAACUUUGAAGUAUUCCACGGAUUACUAAUAUCAAUAGAUGAUCCACUCGUGCAAGUAAUGUGUAUAU